UGAUAGCUGGCGUAGGUAUGCCCUUAUAAAGUUGGAAAACUCGAAUCUCGCAGUAUACAAGAAUACAAAAUGGACGCUAUUUCUAGGUCAUGUCAGCCAGUGGAGCUAUUAUUAACAGCCAUUAAGAUCACGUGAUCAGAACCCGACCAGUGGCGACGUCUGUUUAGGUGAGAAAGCCAAGCUUGGCGAGGUGAGAACUUGCAUACACCUGUGGCCAAAAAUAAGAAAUGCAAAAUUAUUUUCUCAAAGAAUAUUUUCGGUAUCAGCUGGAUACGACUUUGAUGUUUGACAACGGUAACCAAAGCAAGAGAUUAGAAAAUAAAGCAAGAAAAUACGAUUGAAGAAAGUAAGAUUGUCACAAGAGUCUAUAGAGUAGACGAAUAGUCUAUACCUCCCCCACAAUUUGUUUGAGCACAGGCAAUGGAGACAAUUUAUGGGAGACAAUUUAGAGAGUUUACAGUCUACCGCAGUUUUAUCUACACACAGACACACACGUUAGAACAAGCUCGACUCGCACUCCUGUGAACAUACACCACUGGCUGCGCUGCGUGGACAGGCACUGACGCACGGCCAAGUCUCGCGCUGUUUAUGCAGGCAGCUGUGUGCCUGGUGGGGGCGCCGCGAGACGCGUGCUGUCUCAUUUGCGCCAUCACUCCUGUCCCGCAAGAUAAACACGUCAACCGCCAGCGAGGAGCGAAGGGCUAGGCUGUGUGCGGCCUGAGUCGAGUCCCUUCCUGAGUCACUGCUGCCUUUCUUUUCGAUCCGUCUAGCAGCCAGUCCUUUAGUUCUACUCGAUACCUGGUCGGUAAUUCUGCACAUUUCUGCCGUGUUCCACUCGAGAGACGCUUCGCUCGCCUCCCAUUUUGUGGGUCGAUGUGUCUGCUUUCGGUGACGGAUGUGCUGACCCGAGGGGAAGAAAAAAAAAAACAGCAGUCGUGUUGCAAGCUGGAGGUAUACGCUUCUCCACGCAUACGGAUCUCAGGCUUGCUUUCGUGUGACCUGUAUUCGAUUUAUUCCCCUCAAUGAACAACUUUCUGCAUCGUCUGCAUAGUUUAGUGUGUAUAGAAUCGAUCCCCUGCUGCGACGCACGGUACUACCCGUGUUGAGACAACCCGACGUUUCGAUUUCGCUCUGCAGAAGAGAACCAGUCCAUCCACAGCGACUCCAAAAUGUCUUCCUCGCAGACCAUUCGAACAUCGCUUUCAAGCGUGCCCAUCGGCUCCUCUGUGACGGAGAAGAGGACAGUCAUAACGACGUCGACUUCGUCCAACAACGAUGACCCAGGCUCAGACUUCUACUACCGGUCCAGCAUCGCACCCAGGUCCAGUUCCGUGUAUCGCUCCAGCACGGUGGGCGCGGGACCCAUCUCACCAGGCGCCACCCGCAUCUCCAGGACCGUCGAGUACUCCAGCGGCUUCUUGCCUAGCCUAGGCAGCAUCACCAACCUAUCCAACACCGGCGUCUCGAGCUUCAAGACGAACCGCGAGCGUGAGAAGAAGGACAUGCAGGACUUGAAUGAGCGCUUCGCCAACUACAUCGAGAAGGUCCGCUUCCUGGAGGCGCAGAACCGCAAGCUAGCUACGGAGUUGGACGACCUGCGGAGCAAGUGGGGCAAGGAGACGUCUGCCGUGAAGCAGAUGUAUGGCACAGAACUAGAAGAGGCCCGCAAGGUGAUUGAGGAGACCAACAACGAGAAGGCCCGCCUGCAGGUGCGCGUCGGGCAGCUAGAGGAACAGGUGGAGGACCUGCUGAGACAAUUGGACGAGGCCAAAAAAUGGCGUGCUCAGGACCGGGACACAAUCAACAAGCUGAAUCAGCAGCUCUCAGAGCUGGAGGCCGAGAUCCGCAUGCUGCGCCGCUCCAACGACUCACUGGACACCGAGCGGCAGCGCGACAAACAGACCAUCGCCCGCCUCAACGAGGAGCUGGAUAAAUUGCGCAUCGACCUAAGCAACGAGACAAUCCUGAGACUGGACGCCGAGAACCGCGCCCAGACCUUGGCAGAGGAGUUGGAGUUCCUCAAGAGCGUUCACGAGCAGGAACUAAAGGAACUGGCAGCACUGGCGUACCGCGACACAACGGCCGAGAACCGCGAAUUCUGGAAGAACGAGUUGUCCCAAGCCAUCCGCGACAUCCAAAGCGAGUACGACUCCAAGAUCGACACCAUCCGCGGCGAGAUGGAGACCUUCUACAACCUCAAGGUGCAAGAGUUCCGCACUGGAGCCACCAAACAGAACAUGGAAGUGACUCAUGCACGCGAGGAGACCAAGAAGUUCCAGAAGAUUUUGAACGACGCAAAGAUCAGAGUGGCGGACUUAGAGGCCAGGAACGCCCAACUAGAGAAGCAGUACCAAGACCUGCUGCGCGAACUGGAUCAGAAGGAACAGGAACACACGCUGGAAGUCAACCAACUCAAGGACGAGAUGAACAAGCUUCGCGCGGAGAUGGAAGCCAUGUUGGUGGAACUGCAGACCUUGAUGGAUGCCAAGCUGUCCCUGGAGCUGGAGAUUGCCGCUUACCGCAAGCUGCUGGAAUGCGAGGAAAGCAGAACUGGUACAGGUCGGCGCAGACUGGCUCCUGCCAUCGCUCCAGAUGCUGUCGCCAAACCGGGAGAAGCUAACCAGACUCCCGUUGCCAAAGUAACCAUUCCAGACUCUAAAACACCAUCUGAGAAACAAGCGAGUGUUAGUCUUCGCGAAGCGAAAGACGAAAGUUUGAGCGGCGUUAGAGACAGCACAGAGAAGCUAGAAGAAAGAGUGAGCCGUUCUGGAAAUGGAAAGAAAGAGAAGGAAAGAAAAGCAAUGGAUGGAUCAGAAGUUGAAACUGAAGUUAGUGAGAGUGAAAUGAAAAAAGAGAAACAAUCCGUUGUGAAAUCGCAAGGUGGAGUGUGUAACAUAGAGCAUCAGUCAGCCGAGACAGAAACAACAGACAAACCCGAAGAAAAUGACAAACCUGAUGUAGAUGUGGUAGACAAAGUGAUCGAGGAGUGUUUAGAAGAUGAAGUGUUAGAAAACGAAGAAAUUAUUGAAGAGGAAUGUAAGCGAGAGAAAGCUAGUGAAGUGACAUGCGGGACGGUCAUAGUUCUAAAUGAUGAGCCAGUAGUCGAAGACCUCGAGGCUAGUCAGGUGACAGAAGGCCUAGAAGGGGGGUCAGAGGGGCAGGAGCCGGAGGUCAAAAGUGAAGAGGUUACAGAGGGAGAUGCAGAAGACGGGGAACGAGAAGUAGAGGUAGUUGAUGCAGAAGAGACAGUUAAGGUAGAGGAGGAAGAGGCAGGGGUUCACGAGGCAUCAGAGAUAAUUGAAGACGACGUAAAAGAUGAGGUGGAAGACGCAGAAGAUAAACAGGAACAAGAAGUAAAUGGGGAUGACGAUGAAGAUAAAAAGGCAGAGGGGCAAAUAGAACAAGAGGAAGAGGAAAAGGGAAAGGAAGAAGUCGAAGCUGAAAUAGCUGUUGACGUUGCAGAAGCUGCAUCUAAAGAUCCGGAGACACAAGACCCUGAAGGUCAAGUGCUUGGCGAUGAAGAAGACGAAGCUUUGGAAGAAGUUAAGGAGGAACCAAUGAUAACGGAAGAAGUGUCACAGGUGGAGGCAGAGGUCACCACACAACAGAAGCAGUUUAGGGAAGUAAUCGAACAACAUCCAAAUGCUGAAGAAACGCAGAAAGAGACAGAAACAGACAAAGCGGAAGAAGAAGAAACGCCACAAGAUGAACAGGAUGUUCUAGCCAAAAAUGACAAUAAGGAGGGAGAAAUAAACGAUGGUAGGGAAGAUACUGUUGUGGCAGACGCAGGCAAAGAAGUCGCGACAGAUAGUAACAUUGGCGACAGUGUUUUGGAGACAACCGAAGAGCAAGAGAACCAGGAGACUCCGGACAAGGUUGAGUCGUCAGAUGUGACACAUACCGCGACGGAUGAGCCGUCAGACUUGGCGCAAGAUGCACCUGAGGCCACGCAAGAGGAGGCUCCGGAUGCGGAUCCAGACGCUCUGAACGUAUUGCAAGAUGCUGAAACAUCAGAAGACGUGGUCGAGUCGGAAAAUGCUGACGAUGCAUUGGAAAUUGGCAAAGAAGAAACACCAGAAGCUGGAAUCGAAGAAGAGACGAAAGAUGGUGAGGUGCUGACUGAAGAUACAACGGUGCCGGUAAAUACUGCAGAGAUACCAGAAGAUGACUCGAAGGUACCCGUAAAUGAAACAGAGUUAAAGGCAGAUGAGACGAUGGUACAACAGGAUACGACAGCAGAUGAGACAGAGGUACCGUCAGAAGCACCAGAAGAAGAACAAUUAGUACAGAAAGAAAAAGAAGAGGCAGACAAUGAAGAAAAAGAGGUGGAGGAAGAUGCGGCUAAAGAACAAAAGCUUGCGGAAGAAGAUGAAGACGAACCCCAAGAAGAACAGGGCGUUCCUGCAGAAGAUGUACCGGAAGGAGGUGAAGUACUACCUGAAGAAGAAACCAAGGAGGUUGAAGAGGAACAAGUGAGUGAAAGCAAAAUUUUAGCUGAAGAAGCUCUAGAAUCCGACAAAAAGGAAGAAGAAGCGUUCGAGCAAGAACAGAACGAAGCUGUUGAAUUGCCAGAGGAAGAAGACAGACAAGAAGUAACAGCGGAGGAAGAGACAAAUGAAGCUCAGGUCGUAGCGGCCGUUGCUGAAGAACUAGAUGCAGUGGAGAAUCACUUAGUCCAAGAGGGAGACGACUCUUGUGAAAAAGGAAAUGACCAGCAAGAAGAAGAAUACAAAGAGCCUAGUUCGGAAAGAGGAGAGCAAAUCUUUGAAGAAGCCGCAGAUAAAGAGGAGCAGGCUGAAACGGAAAUAACGUCAGAACUUGAAAAAGAUGACGAAGCCCAAGUAGCCGAAGCUGAGGAUAAACCCGAACAGAUCGGUGAAGAGGAUGGAAUAGCAGAAGAAAUUCUUGAUAAAGUGGAAGAAUCUGAAACUUCAGCCGCCACCCAGGAAGAUGCCGAGGACACAGAGGUCGCUGGGGACCAAACCGCGGCAGAUGCAACAGAAGAACUCGCCGACACCUUACCUUCGCCUGAAAUCAAAGAAACAGAAAUCGCGGAAGGAGAGGCGUCCGCCUUGCAGGAAGGAGAACAAGAGGCGGAAGAAAAAGAAGAUGAAAUGGCGACAACUGCAGCUACAGAGUCAGAGGAACUAUUAGAUCUGACGAUAGAACAAAAAGAGGAAACGUCGGACGACAAGGAAGAGAAAGAGAUGGAAGAAACGAUGGAGAAAGAUCAGACCAAACAGGAAGACGAAGAGAAAAUGUCCGAGAUGAAAGAAGGCGCUGACGAUGCUGAAACAGAAGAAAAGAACGACGACGCAUCGACAGAAAAAGAAAUCACAGUGCAAAUGGACAGAGCGGAUGAACCGCAAAAAGAAAUUGUCGAAGAUACGGAAGAAGGAAUGGAGGAAGUGAAAGAGCAUCAGACAGAUAAAAUAGCUGAGGACGAAGCACAAGAAACCGCAAAAGGAGAAUUAUUACUGACGGAGAGCAGCGUUCCAGAAGAAGUUGCAACAGAGGCAGAGCUGGAGGAAAAGGCACCCGAAGAAACUACCUUCAGAUUGUUUCCACAAGAAGAAAACAGAGAAAACCAGAAGGAAGAUCAGGAAAUAGUUGCGAGCCUGGAGAACUUGAGGGACGAUGAGCAGGAGAAGAAAGACGAGUCGCACGAGAAAGACAAGGUCGUAGAGGUCGACGAGGACAACGACGGAGAUGAAGGAACCGUGACAGAACAGGACAUCACAGACGACGAGAACGAGGACGCCAGCAAGGGGGCUAUCCGAGAGGAAGAGGUCGGAGGAGGAAGUAGAGGAGAUGACGUGGCGGAUUCCUUAGAGAUACCCGGCGUAGACGAAAAAUCGAAAGCAGGGGAUGAAGAGCAAGAACAAGACGAAGCAGAGGACGCGGUAGAAGGUUUGCACAUUGAGACAAGUGACGAUCUCCUGGAAUCGGACUCUGGAGUGGCCAUCGAGGAAAAACCGGAAGAAGAAACAGAAGGGCCUGAAGACACAGAUGGACCACGUGAAACAGAUGACAAAGAAGAACUAGAAAAUCCUGAUGGGCGAGAAGACGAUGAAACAAAGGAAACAGAACUAGAAACGACAGAAAAACAGGAAGAUACGAGAGAGCCUGAAAAUGAGGAAGUUUUUGCAGAAAAGGAUGAACCGAAGAAGGAAGAAGACAAAGCUGAAGAUGAAUCUGUUACAAUUGACAUUCAAAAGGAAGAACAGAUAGCCGCAGAUGGUAUCGAUGGCGAGAAAGAUUCUGAAGAACAAAAACACGAGGAAGCAGGCGAAGCCGAUCUGGACAAAGAAGAGUGUGAGGUAGAAACUGAUGAAGACACCAAAGACUACAAAGGAGGUAUAAUACAGAAGGAAACGGAAGAGCAAGAGAAGAUAGAGGGCGAAUUAAAAGAAGAAGCUGAGGAAGAUCAUGUUUCCGAAGGUACAGGAGAAGAGGAAGUGGCAGACAAUAUUCCCGAUAAGGUAGACGAUAGUACAGAACAGGGGAAAGAGGCAUACGAAGAUAGCAACGUAGAUGCUGUCAGGACAGUAGAGUUAGUCUUGGGUAGUGGGGAAGACGAGUCCUUAGUCACCGAACUUGAAAAACAGGACGAAGAUCCUGAGAAUGUUUCAAAAGACGCUUCCGAGGACGGUAAAGGUACUGCUGACGACGGUUGUGAAGAAAAAGACGUCGAGUUGCGCAAAGACAGCGAGACGGACAGCAACCUAGAGUCCGACACGCAGUCUAGAGUUGUUGACGAGUGCGCAGAGAAAGAAAUAGACAGACUGGUGAGCGUGGACGAAACCGACGACGCAAAGUUAGAUGAUGUUGAAAACGCGAAAGAACAGAUGAUAGCCGUGAACUGUGAGGAUGCAGACGACGAAAAGUUCGUUCAGGGAGAGCAGCGACCCCUCGCCAAAGACACAACUUUAGAAAACGACGAAUCAGACGGAGAGGACAGGAGGAAAUCAGUGGCGUGAUGGAACUAAAAGACGAUGCAGUCGACAGAGUGGCUGAAUAUGAGGACAAAGGCAUUUUGGAGUGAAGUGGUUUAAUGUGUGUAAAAUUAGACACUUGUUUCCACCGCCCAUCGAUGUUUUCACUCAUCCCAACUCUCCCCAGGACAUGGUAAUGAGGUCACAGAGUUUAGUUGCUUUUUGUAGAAGUCCGCCGACUUCCUGAGCAUGUUUACAGUUCUUUGUUUUUGUGCACCUGCCCACGCAGUGGCUUUAAAUGGUUUUCCCCUUAGCAGCGUGGCGUUUGAUCUGUAUGUGAUGACUGAAGUGAUAUAUUAACCGUCAGAUUCAUUUUCUGUUCUUUCCAGUUCUCACGCCAGCAUGCCAGAAUAAGCCUAAUGAGCUGCGCCUUGUGUACAUUGCCUUUUUAUGCAUGAUGUUUUGGCUUCUAUAUUGUCGCUGUUUUUUUUAAAACUUUGUCCCACGUGAUUUUGGCCUGUUUAUGACCUCGCUUGCAUAC